AUCUGCUUCUCACCUCUCCUCCUCCUCCUCCUCCUCCUCCCUUCCCACUCUCACAAAGUGGCGACAGUGUGACUGCCUGCCUGCGUCAGACAGCCCUUGCCAGCUACCGAACACUGCUACUCGAGCUGCCGCGUAUGCCCUGCAAAAAAGCUCUGUGUGUGUGUGUGUGAGGUGUGUAAUUGCAUGAGUGUACGCAGAUGGGAAAGCAACUGAGUCAGGGAGGGCUGCCUCUCAUCUCUGCUGUUACCACCAUCCUUCACUCUCCCUCCUCUCCUCUGCUGCCAUGGAGCUCGAGCAGGCUGAAUCACAACAGCAUCUGCACAAAGAGCUGAGGUAGAUGUGUGUUUACAUGUGGUGCUCCGCUGGGCCAGUAUGAAGUGUGUGUGUCUGAGGAGGUGGGCACAGGGCUCUGCUGUCGUGUUCCUUCACACACUGGCCUUAUCCUGGACAGGUGUGAUCGAGUCGGCCCCAAAAAUCGACGGAUGGCACCGCGCGGCGAUGACGCUGCAGGAGAACAUGACACACCGCUUUAACUGUCAGUCAGACGGCUGGGAUCCCCAUGCUCCGCUGUUGCUGACCUGGUACCUGAACGGCGAAAAGCAGGGAGAGCCGUCGCCCAACCGUGGGCGCCUGGUGAUGACAUCCAAGGAGGAUUCUCCCGUCAUGAGACCAGGGACCAACCACAAUAGCACGUUCUCUCUGCACGCCAGAAAAUGGGACAAGGAGCUUGUGUGUGUGGCGUCAAAUCCUCGGACGGGAGAGAGCUACAACGCCACAGUCACACUCAAUGUCCAGUUUCAACCAGAGAUCCUCAGAGUGAACGCCCACUAUAGUGAAACCUCAGGCCCCGGCCUCUCCCUGGUCCUCUUUGCCUUGGUGCGGUCCAACCCGCCCGCCACCAUCACCUUCGUGGACCAGUCUGGCCAGCUGGUCGCCAACACCUCUGACUUCCUCAUCUUGGACUCCCGGAGCUACCCCUGGCUGACCAAUCACACCCUGAGGGUGACGCUCAGUAGCCUGUCAGGGAAUAUAUCGAUGAAUGCCAGCAACAGUGUGGGAGCGGUGCAGAACAACCUCACACUAGCAGAGUUCCUGCAGUCUCGUGUGGAGGUGCCCAUGCUGGGCAUCGUGACUGGAGGGGCCAUGGCCUUCAUGGCCCUCCUCAUCCUCAGUCUUAUUGUUCUCUGCCUCAUGCAAAAAAAUCAAAAAAGCAAGUCCAUUGACGAGCCAGUGGAGAUUCUCAUGACCAAGAAGAGUGACUCGGCCAAUCUGAAGGCGGAGAAAGCUGAUAAGGUCCACAUCCCGAGAGAGAACAUGUCUCUGCCGUCCAACAUGCAGCUCAAUGACCUCAGUACUUUGAGAAAAGCCCGAGAGGCUUCGCUGCACAACAGUCUGGGAGCGAGGAAUGAAGAGGAGGAGGAAGAUCUCUCUUUAGCCUACGCCGCCAGAGGUUUUGCCAGAUAUCCGAUGGUGGGCUACAUCUAUAAGGUGAACAGCACAAGCAGCGAGGAGAUCUGGCUCUGACUUACCUCAACCCUGACACACUCAUGCAUGCAUAACGACUUCCAACAAUGCAUCUGUCAAAGAGGGUAAACUGCCAGUCGGUCAUCCGUCACCUCUAAGCUGCACCGGCGGGACGUGAGCAGUGUUUGUGGGCCACGUGCAGCAUCGACACACUCUGGCUCUCUGACCGAAUGUCCAAUUUGAAGUGCACAAAACAAACCCGUCUCUCUACACAUAAAAGUACUCAUAUAACGCAACGUUCCGCUUCGUUUUUCCACCUGUAACCACACGCUCAUCGCUCUGUCCUCCAUAUGUCGCAUCGUCGGAAUGCAUUUAAAUGUCCUACGCUUACACCAGAAUGUCCAAAAGGUAACGUAUCGUAUGUGCGGUUUUACAUUCUGACAACUAACGCCUCAGUCAGGUGGCACAUGAUUAUGAAGUAUGUAUUUAUAUAUGGACAAUAUACAUAUGUCAAGUACUGUAUAUUUGUAUGAACAUGUACACGUGUACAAAAGAGGAUGUCAAAUAAAGACAACACUGACAUUGG